AUACGUCGGACGUGGGUUUGUUUGGCUUUAUGUGAAGGAGAGCUUGUUUUGAAUUUCGAGUUGUGUUGUGCAGCGUACGCUAAAAAAAUUAACUUAUCGAGCGGCCAUAUAACAUUUCGCUGUGUUAAUAAGAUAAGCAUAUUUUGCCUGUUAGAUGCGAUCCGACGAGUAAACUUCCACUUACAUUAGUAGAUAUUUUUUAUCUACUUACAAUUAACGCCUAUGAGUGUAAAUACUAUAAAUUGGCCAAAAGCUAAUUUUAAUUAUUGCUAAUUACGAUUAUUCGUGUAUUUAUCCACUAAGUGGCGAUUAUGAGCAUGGAAUUACAAUAUUAUUUUUUCCGCGAGUUUUUAAAACAAAAUACCGCCAUUAAAAGUGUUGGUAAUAAAGAAGCAAACAACUAACGAAAAUUAAAUGCAAAUUGCGAUAUAGUAUUCAGUGCGAGUACUACAACAAAGAAUAGUGUUUUUAAAAUUAAUUGAAAUAUUUAAAAGGCAGACGGUGUCGCUCCAAAGUAAAAUUGUUCUUCAACUUAAUUAGACGAAGUGAAUUAAUUGCUGCCAUCCGAAACGCGCCACGUCUGCGACAACACUUUGAUAUUAGUGAAUUAGCAAGCAGCAAAAACAUAUGCAUUUGUUGUUUUUAUGAAGAUGUUGUAGGUGAGCGAACUUUUUACAGCACUCCCCCACAUGCAACGUCGUCGCUUAGGCUCCGUUGGCGAUUCGGCGCCACCAUCCGAAUCCUCGGAGGGCACUAACUCUUCCGAGCAGAAUGAGCUGAUGAUUAAUCCCGAUUGGUCGGCGGCGCAUUCACACACCUCGUCGGUACACACAAACACGCGCACCGCCACAUCGACCACCAAUACAGUUAACAAUCACAGUAAUUCGUAUUUUAUUGGCUCCGACGUGGAUGCCGACACUCUGAGCAUCGAUACUACGAGCAAUUCAAAUCUCUCCGAAUAUGAACGCGUUCAAGUGGAGAGUUUCUUCGGCGGUCUGGGCACUGAAAUUUUCGUAUGCUCCUCUCUGGCCAACCUCUACGAAGGCACCGGCAAGGAGGGCGAUUGGCGUCUCGUCUUCACCGGCAUACCAGUCGUGCUGCAUGAUCGCGGCAGUGCUCGCGCACGCUCCAUACCACGCGUCACACUUGUGCUGGCCGAGCGGGGCUCCUCCUUUGCACUCUGGUCGGAUCGCAUCGAUAAUCUGUCAAAUUAUCGGGUCGCCGGUCCAUCCUUUCACACGAUGUGCCUGUCACAGAACCACCAACAGCUAAUCGGAUUUAGUUUCGAUUCAACCGAUUCGGCAAGAGAGCUGCACCAUCACAUAGAGAAACUGGUGAGUAAUCCGGAGAAUAUAGCGCUCUCGUUGCCGGGCAAGAAGAAGCAGAAACAGAAGCGCGUGAAGCCAGCUCCGUUGCCGCCCAAAUCGCAAAUUUCGCAGCCAUGUCAAUUCCAGCACGUGACGAGUGUUACGAAGGACGACACCGAUCGGUACUAUAGCAUGCAAGCGUUUGCGCCGUCGGUGAAGCAUCGCUAAAGGAGGUGGGAGAGGGAAGUAUGUAGUUGUGUGUGGGGGUGAAGGGUGCAAUGUAGUAGCCAUAAUUAUAUACGUCUAAGUGUGUAGGGAUGUACGAUGUAAGCUGUUUAGUAGAUUUUUUAAGCGAAAUGUAACGACGUCAAUUCGUCAACUUAGUCAUUAAGUUACAUUUAAAUAAUCGAAAUUUUUUAUUACUAAAUAUGAGCCAGCUGGGCCUAAAUCGGCACGCGGUUUAGAGGAAGAAUAUUGCCGGAAAAAUCAACAUGACAAAAAUUAAAAACAGGGGCCAAAAAACCCCCAUAUUGAGUCAUUAUUUUUGUUUAGAAUAAAUUUGAUUGUUAUUUUGUGAAUUUAAGUGAAUAACAUUAAUGCUCUUUUAUUUGGAUUCUUAUUUUUUCGAUCAUUUUCAAUAUGUAGGAAAAUUUAAUAUUUUUAACCGGCCAUCCUUUAUAAUCUAUUCUUAUGACCGUUUUGAAUCCCCAAUAAUCUAACAAAUGAAUUUUUGCCGAAAAAAUUAAAUUCCAAGUUUCAAUCCUAAAUUAUAUAUAUAUAUUUUUUAAAGAACAUAACCCUUACGGUCCUGAAUGAAAUCGAUUAAAUGUGCAUAGGUAAAUAUGUAAGUACAUAAGUAGCUAAACUGAAUAAAUUAUUUGUAUCGUUUGUAAAUACGAACAUUCUAUGCGCCUGCAAGCCAGAAAAUUUGUUAAAAUAAAAGAAGAAAAAAUUAUAUAUUUACAUGCACGUGUAGGUAUGUAUGUAUGUACAUUAGACCGUACCACCUUACAACCUAACAAACAAAGUUCACCAUACAUCCCAGAGUCCAAAGUAUUUUUUUCAAGGUAAUUUGGAUAAGACAAAAUUCGACCAAACUAGGUGAAAAAAAAUUUGGCUAUACAACUUUUUUUUUUUUAAAUAGGAAUAAUCGGAAUACUUUCUUAGCAAAAGUUUAAUGAGUUUAGGUAAGCUUGAAUUUACCGCCUCUUUAAGGGGGUAAGAAGUGAGAUCUGGUGGGUAGGUACUAGAACGGGGCACUUGAGGCCAAUGAACUUUGGAAUAAAACAAUUUUUCUCAUCGAGACAAGAACAUCGAUAUAUCAUACUUUAAAAUCCGACUGUAAAUGCCGAAGAUAUAACGGAAAUGAUAAAAGAAGC